AAGAUUAUUGAAAAAAAAAACAAUCUAAAAAACCUAAAAAACAAAGACUAAAAAAGUAUAGCAAUUAUAGUAAUAAGUGAUUUGUUUGGCGUUGAAAUAAAAUUUGGUUUAUAUUAUAAUGUAUCUUGAUAAUACAAAACAAAAUCAGGAAAAUUGUAAUUUUUUCACUCUCUUAAUAAGUUUUUAUUAUAAUGCAAAUAUAAAAAUUGGUCAAAAUUUUUUUUUUUCUCAUAGGAAUUGUUCUCAGAAAAAAUUCCUGAUUUUAUUUUUUUUCUUUUUUAAUAGAAUUUCAACUAGUCUUAUUAUUUUUAUAUAAUAAUAUAGUUUGAAAUAAACAGUAUUUUUGGGGGGAAUUGAAUAUUUUACUAGGCAGUC